AGUAGGUGAAAGUUGGUGUGUCUAUUUGAGAGGACGCAUACUGUGCGAGGACACUUGGGAGUAAAAGAAGAGUUUCUAAGAUAUGCAGGUGUGCGAAAAUAACUGUUGCUCCUACAGAAGCAACCCGUGAUACAGGUGUAUUAAGUGUGAGAUGCUGACUGGAACGACGUUGGAAAGAAUGUCGAAGGACAACGACGAGUCGACGAAACGGAACAGAGUUUGAAACGUUGAACGAUAUCUGUUCUCCCGCUUUGUUGUCACACCGCGCCAAAUGGUCACGAUUAUGAUGAGAUAACGAACGCAGAAUGAGAUACAGCGGCAGUAACCGUCUCGGUUAUGCAGUUUCCGCGUUUAUUCUAUUUUUUAAUGUCACUCGUGCGGAAAGUGGUGUCUCCUGUAAGGAUCAUCAAGGACGAUCUUAUGAAUCUGGGGUAACUUACGUUCCUGGUUCAGACCCUUGUACACUGUGCGUUUGUGAUAAUGGCAACCCAAAAUUGUGCAAAGCGUAUGUUUGCACCAAGUUCCCAGAGGAAAAUUGUAAAUCUUUCCUACGUGGAGAUAUCUGUUGCGAGUAUAUCUGCUUGGAUGACACACUGUCAUCUAUAUUGAAUUACAAAACUGAUGUUAUUGGUAACAAUACGACCGAUACUACUGCAAAUUAUGAUAUAGGAUUGCGAACUGUUGCUAGUUUUGUAACAGUUGUGUUGUCGCUGAGCCUAUUAUUUUUUUUAAUACAUCGCUUACGACAAACAAAGAUACGAGUUCGUGUUGCAGGAAGACAGAACAUACAAUUGGUAGAGGACCAAAGAAAUUUAGGUAGUAUGGGAUACUUAGAACGAGAUGGAUUGUCAUAUGGUGUUCCUAUGGAUGACAUUCCAUGCGGAGCCAAUUAUCCAUUGUGGAAGCCUCCCAGCAAUUAUUUUCCGCGAGGAGAAGCUCCACCGCCUUACGAAGAGGCUGUUGCAGCAGCGAGAGCAGAACAGGCUCUUCUAGCAAUGAAUCCGCAAGCGCUUCCGCAGCUGAAUUUUCCGAACACCUAUUUGACUAAUGCCAACAGUCGCACUAAUAUAUCGCUUGUAGGAAGCACACAAAGCGGCAUAAAUGGCAAUCCGUCGGCAUUGAUAUGCGACACUAGUAUUGCAGAUUCGAGUGGUUUAACGUCCACUCCAAAUAGACCAAUUUCAAAUCCAAAUAUAUACUCUAGUUAUCGUCAAUCGAAUCAAAACGAAACAUUAUCUCAAGGAGUCAGCGUAGGAACUUCUACUACAAAUUUUACUAUGGGGACAAAUACUUACGAGAACUUGCCUACCACGAUUGGAAUCCCAAACUUUGGUAACCAGCACCCAGAUACAACUGCACAUUCCGCGUCAAACUUACAAACUUCUAUUUCAAAAAACUAUCAGACGCAUACUACUCUCCCUCGUCAAGCAGGAGCAUUUACAAUAUCUGCGACUUUGUCAAAUUCUAAUGUGAUUGCCCACCGUACAAUUCCUAGAACCUUAACCACUCGUACUGCUACUAGAUUGCAAGACAUUAUACAUGAUUGCUCCAAAAAUGAGCUUUUACGACCCCUGUCGACCAAUGUUUCGCCAAAUUUGCAACAUAUUGUGCAACAAGAUCCAUUAACCGAUCAAGGACUUAUGAAUCCAAGUAUACCCUAUCCAGAUGUACAAAUACAGCCUCCCUCUGCUUCUUCCUUGUCAAGGCAACAACAGACUGAAAGACACAAAUUAGAUAAAAAAUCUGAAGAAUCUCAUAAUUAUAAGCCACCGUUGAAUGUAGCCAAUGAAAUUAACGAAGAGGGAAGUUUUGAAUCGGUAGCGUGUACUUGUAGCAUGCAAGCUCUCCCUACUCUUCACGAUGACACUGAUGACUAUAGAAGCGAGUGUGAAAAUUGCAAAAGCGCAACAGGUUCUCGCUAUUAUUUAGCUAACGAGGAUGAAUUAGUUACGUCUCCGCAUGAAACUAUGACGUUGCAUAGAAGACCGGACGAAACAGCUUCGGCUACUACACCUCAAUAUUACAGAACUUCGCUUACACUACCCAUUAGUACCCGUCAACGAGCAAGGAGUACUGGAGUUCGAGAAAAUUGGUUCAACACCAUGCCACAAAGUUCUACGGAAUCAUCGGAUGAAAACUGAUCGCGAGAAUACACUUUCCAAUUCUCACGUAUCGUGUAGAUAUUAAGAUAAUUUACUAUGCAUUACCAUUAUUGAAUUUUAGUAUUACGACAUAACAACACGUUUACGUUUUAUGUAUUACGUUCCAGGCUAUAGUGUCACGUUGUUCUCCAUAGAGUUUUAUUAUAACUAAAAAAUAUUUUCUAUCUCAUUGACUGUCUGAACUGUUUACGCAAUCCACAUAUUUGGACAAUGCACAAUCUCUGCAAUGGAAAUCAGUCACACUUUUGCUUUCACAGUUCUUCCUUACACCUUGUUAUACUGUGGAAGCAAACUCUAGAUCUAUCUGUUACAUCUACACCUCUUACAAUUCCUAUAAGUUCGAAAUAAUGAAUACCGGAAAAAAAAAUUUUAUAGCAUCUCUACAAUUAAUUUAAAUAGGUUCUUUC